UACAUCAUAUCUGUCCAUUAUUAAAAAAAAUUAGCCCACAAGACAGAGGUAGAGAGGGAGGAAAAAGAAACUCAAGAGAGAAUGAGUGUCACCACUGGAAAUGUUGUGUGUGUCACUGGUGCCUCCGGCUACAUCGCUUCAUGGAUAGUCAACUUUCUCCUUCAACGUGGCUACACAGUCAGGGCAACAGUUCGUGAUCCAAGUGAUCCAAAGAAGGUUGAGCACUUGCUCAAACUCAAUGGUGCAAAGGAGAGGUUGCACCUCUUCAAGGCAGAUCUUCUAGAAGAAGGUUCUUUUGACUCCGCCAUUGAAGGAUGUGAUGGUGUCUUUCACACAGCUUCGCCUGUUUUACUUCAUGUUGUUAAAGAUCCAGAGGCUGAAUUGAUUGAUCCAGCAGUGAAGGGAACUGUGAAUGUACUUGGAGCAUGCGCAAAAUCACCAUCUGUGAAACGAGUUGUCUUAACAUCUUCCAUUUGCGCAGUUGCAUUCUCUUCCCGGCCUAAAACUCCUCAAGUAGUAGUUGAUGAGACUUGGUUCUCAGAUCCUCAAUUCUCCUACCAAUUGAAGACAUGGCAGUGGUAUACAAUUUCAAAGACUUUGGCUGAGGAAGCUGCGUGGAAGUUUGCGGAGAAGAACGGCAUUGACAUGGUUGUUAUCAACCCAGUGCUGGUGGCAGGACCUCUCUUGCAACCAGAAGUUAAUGCAAGUGUUGAGCCAAUCCUCAAUCUAAUCAAUGGGAAAAAAUUUCCAAAUAGUUCUUUUGGAUGGGUCAAUGUAAAAGAUGUUGCAGAGGCACACAUUAAGGCAUAUGAGAUUGCUUCAGCUAGUGGAAGAUAUUGUUUGUCUGAAAGAGUGGUUCACUACUCUGAACUUGCUAGGAUUUUAAAAUCUCUCUACCCAACGUUACAAAUUACUACUGAGUGCGAGGAUGAUGGGCCCUAUGUGCCAACAUAUCAGAUUUCUAAAGAGAAGGCAAAGAGUUUGGGAAUUGAAUUCCAACCCUUGGAAGUAAGCCUCAAAGAAACUGUUGAAAGCUUUAGAGAGAAGAACAUUGUCAAUUUCUAAUCCAUGAUUUUGUAAUAAGGUCAACCAUGUCCGGUUGGUGACCAUAUACCAUUAGAAACUCCAUGAAUGGAAGGAAUAAGUAGGUUAUGAGUAUUAAACCAGAUCAAGUGAAUCUUUGGAAAUGGACCAAGUUAUAUUAAUAUAAACUUGCAUUAUCAAUAACAAUCCGUUAAAAGCUAGGGUAAGGCACCAUAGCUCAAAUUUGGUGA